CACCAAAACACCGUUUCCAAACAGAUACUUGCGAAGCAUUUCUCCUAUAUAUAUAAACCCUUUAUAGAGCUUAAAGAUCCCAAAAAUUCUCCUUUAUCUUCUUCAUCGAUUAACAGAGCUUCCGAAUUGAAAAAAAUGUCAGGAUUCACACAGGAUUGGGAGCCGGUAGUCAUCCGCAAGAAGGCGCCGACCUCCGCUGCUCGCAAGGACGAGAAAGCCGUCAACGCCGCCCGCCGCGCCGGAGCUGAGAUCGAAACCGUCAGAAAGGCAACUGCUGGGUCGAACAGAUCUGCUUCCAGUAGUACCUCAUUGAAUACCAGGAAGCUUGAUGAAGAUACAGAAAAUCUUACUCAUGAAAAGGUUCCGACUGAAUUAAAGAAGGCGAUCAUGCAGGCUCGAAUGGAUAAGAAACUCACACAAGCUCAACUUGCUCAGAUUAUAAACGAGAAACCCCAGAUCAUACAGGAAUACGAAUCUGGAAAAGCAAUUCCCAAUCAGCAGAUCAUAUCCAAACUGGAGAGGGCUCUUGGUGCGAAACUGCGCGGAAAGAAAUAAUACAACGGGGUGUAAAUUAGCCUCUAUCAUCUUUCUAUUCGAGUGUUUCGAACGCAUAUCAAGAUACUAAAGAAUAGGUUUGCCUGCCCUUCUGAAACAUGCUUACUUCUAAAUGAGGCACCCUUAGAUCUGAAAACUUGAUUAUCUCAAUUAUCUUGAAAAAUAUGUGGUGGUUGUGUUAUAAUAAACAGCUUGUGUUUUUAUUGCAUCGGAAAUGGUAAAUUGUGUCUCGGGUUGUUAUUGUA